GGAGAUAUUUAAACUGUCAAAAUAGCUGUCUUUUCUAUAUUGUUUUCUUAGAUGUAGCACUCUACAGUGAAAGACUCGGAAAUCAGCCAGGAAAGAUUGUGUGCUACUUUAGCGCAUGGGCAAAUUACCGACCGGAACCGAUGUCUUAUGAUAUCGAAGACAUUCCUGGACACUUGUGUACGGACGUCAUUUACUCUUUUGUUGGCUUGAGCAACACUACUUGGGAGCUGAUGAGCAUAGAUCCUGAAUAUGAUAUAGAAAAAGGUGGUUACAGUCGAUUCACUGGGUUACGAGUGAAAUACCCAAACCUCCGCCUCUUGUUAGCUGUGGGAGGCUGGGCAGAAGGAGGAAAUAAGUACUCCGAUAUGGUUGCAAAUAAGGAGAGACGAGAUGUAUUCGUAAAAAGCGUAGUGGACUGGGUAUUGAAGUUUGGAUUCGAUGGAUUUGACUUGGAUUGGGAGUAUCCUGGAGCUUUUGAUCGGGGAGGGAAAUAUACAGACAAAGAGAGGUUCUUAGACCUUGUAAAAGAACUACGACAAGCUUUCGAGCCUCACAAACUUCUGCUGACGGCAGCGGUGCCAGUAGCAAAAUUUCGUCUUCAAGAAGGCUAUGAAGUAGCAGAAUUAGGAAAACUGUUAGACUGGAUCAAUGUCAUGACUUAUGACCUGAGAGGUAAUUGGGCAGGAUUUGCUGAUGUCCACAGUCCUCUUUUCAAAAGAUCUUUUGAUCAAUGGGCGUACGAAACACUGAAUGUGCAUGACGGCUUGAAUUUGUGGGUGGAACUAGGAGCCCCUAAACAUAAACUAAUAGUUGGUGUUCCCUUCUACGGCCGAACCUAUACACUAGGUAGCAAGGACAACACGAAACUUCGAGCCCCUGUUAAGAAAUGGGAAGGUGGUGGUAUACCAGGACCCUACACCAAUGCCAGUGGAUUUCUUGCUUAUUAUGAGAUUUGUGAACAUAUUCAAAAUAAAGAAUGGACCAAAGAAUUUGAUGAUAUUGGAAAGUGUCCAUAUGCGUAUUAUGACGAUCAGUGGAUUGGUUAUGAAGACGAAGAAAGUAUCGGAAUCAAAAUGGAUUAUAUUAAAGAACAAGGAUAUGGUGGAGCAAUGAUCUGGGCUAUCGACAUGGAUGACUUUAAUGGAGCAUGUGGAGAGAAACAUGGACUUCUUAAAGUUAUGAACAAUAGAAUAAGUUCCACUACAACUACCACAUCGACGAUCACCACCACCACAACACCAUCAACUACUUCUUCAACACAAUCUAGUUCAACCACGAGUUUCACACAAUCUAGCACUACAUCUACACAGUCUAGCACCAUAACUCCUCCAUCUUCAACAUCCAGGAUUACGAGAGGACCCCAAGCUACAGGCAGACCUACCGCAGCGCCUGGCACCGUCAACUGUGAUGGUCAGACCAACUAUUUCAAGCACGAGUCCGACUGUACGAAGUAUUAUUGGUGUGUGCUAAUGAUACCUUACGAAAUGCAGUGCGAAUCAGGCACAAUCUUCAGUCCUCGUCGUAACUUAUGCCUCUCUGCUGAUGAGAUUUAUGACCGCCCCGAAUGCAAAAGCUUUUAUUAA